AUAGCGAACGCCCAAACUUAUAAUUCACCUUCCUUUAAAUGUUUUUGUUUCUCUUCACAUUUUAACCACUACGAAGCUUCGUCCCUCUUUCUUGGCUCACGGCUUACUGGACCCUUUUUAAACGCCUGCACCUCACACACUCCUUAUUCAUUCGUCUUCCAUCUUUCUCAAAAAUCUGAGAUGAAGAAAGAUGGCGAGGAUCAGUAACAACCUAAUCGGCAUUCUGAACAUACUGACGCUUUCUACUAGGUUUUCACAUUUAAUUUUUUUUUAUUAUCAAGCAGUAAUGAUGGGUUACUUGCUUUCGCUUCCUCUUCCUCUUCUGCAAGGCGGUUACCAAACCCGGCAAAUCGUUUCCAAAACGGCUGUUUGGGAUCUCACAAGCUUCGUCCCUCUUUCUUGGCUCACUUACUUAUCCUUUUUAAACGCCUGCCCCUCAUUCGCCUUUCAUCUUUCUGAAAAAUCUGAGGUGAAGAAAGAUGGUGAAGUUCAGUGACAACCUGAUCGGCAUCAUGAACAUACUGACGCUUCUGCUCUCCAUACCCAUCAUCGGUGGCGGAAUAUGGCUGUUCAAUAGAGGCAGUACGGACUGUGAUAAGUUUCUGGUAAAGCCUGUCAUUGCCCUCGGCGUCUUCAUCUUCCUUGUCUCCAUUGCUGGUUUGAUGGCCCUCUGCUGCAAGAAUUCUCUGGUUUUCUGCAUUUACCUGGUCGUCAUGUUUAUUCUCAUUCUGCUCUUGUUCUGCGUCACUAUCUUCGUCUUUGAAGUCACCAACAAGGGCGCCGGGCAGGUGGUAGGGAACAGAGGGUAUAAGGAAUACAAGCUGAGAAACUAUUCACAUUGGCUGCAGAAGCGAGUCAACAAGGCUUCGAAUUGGAAAAGGAUCAAGAGCUGCGUUUAUGAUGGCAAGAUUUGCGAAAACCUUGGAAAGGAUAACGCCGGCAUUUUAGCAAACGAAUUUAACAAUAAACAUCUUACACCGAUUCAGUCUGGAUGUUGCAAGCCCCCAACAGCGUGCAAUUUCACAUUUGUUAUGGCAACUGUCUGGAAUGGAAACCCUGAUGUCACUAGUGAUCCCGACUGUCACAGCUGGAGCAACAACCAGGACCAGCUAUGUUAUGACUGUAAAUCCUGCAAGGCUGGCGUGCUUGCCAACUUGAAGAAUGACUGGCGCAAGAUUGCAAUUCUCAACAUUAUCAUGCUUAUCUUUUUGAUUAAUGUCUACAUAGGUGGCUGCUGUACAUACGGAAAGCAUUGCACGGACGAUGGUGUCUUUGGCUACAAGGUUAGUGUUUAGGGUUUCAUUGUUUCAAUUUUAGAAGGAAGAAAGAUCUGGGGAUUAUUCAUUUUCCCUGGAUUGUUUGUGUUUCUUACUGGUACUGUACAGCCUAGUGCAUACUGAUUAAUUUUUUUUCCCACUAGUUCAGCCUUUUAUAUGGAGGUUCAGAACUUAUCUUUUGUAUUAGACAUAAAUUGACCCAUAAAAGUUUUACCUUUCCCUGUAAAUGAUUAUUACUCCAGACUUAUAUUGACUUAUUCGGUAACCUUUCCUUGUAAACGAUUCACUCCAGCAUUGAAAUGUGGCUUCACUUCACUUUCAGAGGGGAUCAAUGGAGAGAUUUUUUUAGUUUGCCUUGUAAAUGAUUAUCACUCCAGCAUUGAAAUGUGGCUUCACUUUACUUUCUGAGGGAUCAAUGGAGACAUUUUUUUAAUUUACCUUGUAAAUGAUUAUCACUCCAGCAUUGGAAUGUAGCUUCACUUUACUUUCAGAGGGAUCAAUGGAGAUAAUUUUUUGAUUUACUGCUCCUUGUAAUUGAUUUUCACUCCAGCAUUUAAAUGUGACUUCAAUUUACUUUCA